UGAAAACACUCACUUUUCGCAUACUCGGUUAGCCAACAAUAUAAACGUACGCGUUAAUGUGUCUGUGUCUCUUUUAUAUUCAAAAUAUUUCUUCUUCUUCCUGCUGGCAGUUAAAGUUUAACAUGGUGCGGAGCGAAUGGGUGAAUCUUUGAGCCAAUGUUGUUCUUCGUGUUUCGGCUGUUGCGACCAUCUGUUGAGAAAAGUGUCCCGCUUUCCGUUUGGACUAUCAAACUACAGAACAGGAUGUCCAGCUCACGCCAUCCGCGGGCUGCCUUGUGUCAGCUUAGUGUCACGGCGGACAAGCGGGCCAACUUGUGCGCAGCCCAAGCGCUGCUGGAGGAGGCAAAGCGACGAGGCGCCAGCGUGGCCUUCCUGCCGGAGGCCUUCGACUACAUCGGCUCCAGUAGGGAGGAGACCCUGGGGCUCUCGGAGACCCUUGCUGGAGAGACAAUGACGCAAUACACACAGAUGGCCAGGAAGUUGGACAUCUGGCUGUCUUUGGGGGGCUUCCAUGAACGAGGAUGUGACUGGGAGUCCGAGCAGCGAAUUUACAACAGCCACAUCGUCAUUAACAAUCAAGGUGAGAUUGUGUCCACCUACAGGAAGUGCCACCUGUUUGACGUGGAGCUUCCUGAAAAGGGCGUCUUGCUCAACGAGAGUGCCUUCACAAUCCCGGGACCCUCGCUGGUAGCACCGGUCCAAACCCCCGUCGGCCAGCUCGGAUUGGGAGUCUGCUACGACUUGAGAUUCCCAGAGUUUUCGCUGGCGUUGCAGAAGAGCGGCGCCGACAUCCUGACGUUCCCGUCGGCCUUCACUGAGGCGACUGGAGCUGCUCACUGGGAGGUGCUGCUCCGGGCGCGAGCCAUUGACAACCAGUGCUACGUUCUGGCUGCGGCGCAGGUCGGCCGACAUCACGACAGGCGCUCCUCUUAUGGCCACGCCCUGGCUGUGGACCCCUGGGGUGUGGUGAUGGCCGACUGCGGGGGAGAGCGAGCGGGCGUGGCGUUGGUGGAGGUCGACCUGGACAAAAUCCGCAGCGUACGCGGCAACAUGCCACUCCGAAAGCACCGCAGGGAUGCCACCUUUUACACCAGCCUGUAGAGAGCAUGUCAUGGGUGAAAUAGUCAAACAUGACAAGACUUCUAGCUCUUUCAUAUCCGAUGGAAACCUGCUGGAGUUUGUAAAAAUAGUAAAUAUUCCUGCGCCUGCAUUGCUGAACAUUUCAACAUAAACAUCCAUCCCUUUGCUAUUGGGUUCGAGGUGAGCUGGAGGCAGUCCUGGCUGACGUGGGGCGUUUCAGGAAAGCCCGCCCGCAAAAGACAAAGUCCAUGAAGCAGCGGCCAAUUAUUUACUUGCAUAUUCAUACGCAUUGUAAAGUUUCAAGUGCAACUCAAUGUCAAUAUUUCAUCCUUGAGAGAGGUGCCGUUAUUUGUCACACACACACACACACAAGCAAAAUAAAAAAAUAAUAAUCAUAAAAAAAUCUCAAUAAAUAUAUAUUGUUGUGAGUGUGUGCAUUAGCUAUACUGUAUGUCGGGUAUUUGUGAAAUGAUUUGAUGAAACUCCCACUGUGGCUUGUGUGUUAACGUCAUGUUCGCUGCAUUACUAAACAAUUUGGUCAUUAGCCAAAUGACAUUCCUCACUACGGUUGUUUUUCUGCGAGUUGUCCUUAUGUGAGUCAUUGCUGCCCCUUUAUUUUCAAAUAGCCACCAAUGCUAACUGCACAACACGAUCAUAUUUGAGUUUUGAGGGUUUUUCUUUUUACAUCUGCGAUGCGCUUAAUCGGAAACGUGAUAUAGCGAGGGAUUACUGAACACCUGGACUGGGUCGCCAGCCAAUCAGAGGACAUUAUCUUGAUUUUCUAUUCGGUGUUUACUUAACACAAAUCGGGAAGAAGUCAAAUACGACCGUAAUUUCUUCGAGAUUGUUUUGUGCAGUUUUGCGACCCGGAAGACCUACUUCUUCAUUAAAGCCGCAAAAAAACAAGCUUGACGUUUCCCGUUGUUUUGUUUUUGUUUACAUACAUCAAAACAAAC